UAGUUAGGCGACUCACUAAGUUUUGGAACACCGCCCCAUUCUCAUGCUUCCCAAUUGGUCAGACUAAAGUCCCUGCUGCCACAAAACUGCACACACGUGACCCAGCUUGUCUGUACACACACACACACACACACACGCACAGUAAAACACAGCAGGCAUUUAAAAGCCAACGCCAUGGCUCUUUGACCAGCAAAUUCACCCCACAUCCAAACAAUCACUAUGAACCCUCUCCGUUGACAAACACGCACUAUCCCACGCGUAAUGGCGAGCGCGCUGCAGAUGAAGCCCUCCAGUCUGGAGCACACACGGAAGCGCGUAAUAGAUCCACAACGGAGACAAGCUGCACGCUCAUUCCUCAGCAACAUCUCUCUGGACGGACGACCCGUGCAGGAUGACGGGGGAAAUCAGACCGAGGAUGAGGAUAGCUCUAGGACUAGACAGAGCCUGGUUUCUGCAGUGGGCCAGCAGGCAUUGGCCGCAGCAGCGAGCCAGGCUCUCAGCAGUGCCCGAGCUGCUGGUUUCCUGGCAGGGAUCACGGGUCCCAACGCGGCCGCCGCUGCUGCAGCUGCUGCAGCUGCUCCUCCUCCAGCGUGCGGAGCGGAUGCGGAGGAGGAUGUGUGCGGCUCUCAGGUGCUCCAGUCCGUGGUCAGCUCCCCCUUUUCAGCAGUGCCACCGGCUACGAGAGGGAGACUUCAGACGUACACUCAGGGAAUCCUGCCUGUGUCCUACCCCAGGCAGUCCAGCCAGAACUACUGCUGUCUAGAUGGAGGGCAGAUAGCCAACUCUGCCCUGGAACUGCAGAGAUCCAGGCGAAGACUAAUAUCCCAGCGUUCCUCACUGGAGACUCUGGAGGAUAUUGAGGAGAACGCCCCUCUACGCAGAUGCCGAACUUUAUCUGGUUCACCCCGACCAAAGAGUUUCAAGAAGGUCCACUUCAUCAAAAACAUAAGACAACAUGAUAUGCGCAAUGGAAGGAUAGUCCUUAUCAGUGGCAGAAGAUCCUUCUAUAGUGUUUUUUCUGUCCUGCCCUAUCGAGAUUGUAGCCAAACAGGGUAUGUAUUCUUCAGCAUGUAAAUGUUCUCUUCAUCAUCAUCCUUUUUGUCCCAUCACUUUUCCC